AACGAAAAAAAAAAAUUAAAAAAAGUUGAGGUAGCCAUAUUGACGAGUACGAGAGGGGAGGAUCUCUUCUGGGCCAACGGUCGUCGCGCCGAUUUCACCAGUGUGCGUUAAAAGUGGUCACCCCAAUAGAGUGGUUUUCACGUCAACGCAACAGGUUUUCCGUGCGUGUUGUCCGCGCGAGCGUGAGUUUGCAGAAGAAGACCCCGACUCUCCAAACAAGAGGCAGACGUCGACGAGAACAAGCAGCAAAAAAACCAAGAGCAAACAACAUCAUCCAACAUGCCGAAAUCGGUCAAUGUUCGGGUGACGACGAUGGACGCGGAGCUGGAAUUUGCCAUCCAGCCGACGACAACGGGCAAGCAGCUGUUUGACCAAGUUGUCAAGACGAUCGGUCUCCGCGAAAUCUGGUUCUUUGGACUCCAGUAUACGGACAGCAAGAGCUACUCUACCUGGCUCAAGCUCAACAAGAAGGUGCUGAAUCAAGAUGUCAAGAAAGAGAGUCCACUUCAGUUUAAAUUCCGGGCCAAGUUUUAUCCGGAAGAUGUGGCCGAAGAGCUGAUCCAGGAUAUUACGGUGCGGCUGUUUUACCUGCAGGUCAAGAACGCCAUUUUGACGGACGACAUUUAUUGCCCGCCCGAGACGUCCGUCCUGUUGGCCUCGUACGCCGUCCAGGCCAAAUACGGCGACUAUGACAAGGAACUCCACUCUUCCGGUUACCUGGCCAACGACCGUCUCCUUCCGCAACGAGUCAUGGAUCAGCACAAUCUGACGAGGGAGCAGUGGGAGGAGCGCAUCUCCACCUGGCACGCGGAACACGGAGGAAUGCUCAGGGAAGAUGCCAUGAUGGAAUACCUGAAAGUGGCUCAGGAUUUGGAAAUGUACGGCGUCAACUAUUUCGAGAUCAAGAACAAGAAGGGCACGCAGCUCUGGCUCGGCGUCGACGCUCUGGGACUCAACAUUUACGAGAAAGAUGACAAAUUGACGCCAAAGAUUGGAUUCCCCUGGUCGGAGAUUCGCAACAUUUCGUUCAAUGAUCGCAAAUUUGUUAUCAAGCCGAUCGACAAGAAGGCGCCGGAUUUCGUCUUUUUCGCUCCCCGCCUGCGCAUCAACAAGCGUAUUUUGGCCCUGUGCAUGGGCAACCACGAGCUGUACAUGCGCCGACGCAAGCCGGACACGAUCGAAGUCCAGCAGAUGAAGGCCCAAGCUCAGGAGGAGCGUCGCUCGAAGAUGAAGGAGCGCGAGAAGUUGCAGCGCGAGAUCCAAGCUCGCGAAAUGGCGGAACGCAAACAACAAGAGUACGCCGACCGGCUCAAGUCUAUGCAGGAAGAGAUGGAGCGCCGACAGCGCGAGCUGCUCGAAGCCCAGGAGACGAUCCGCCGUCUGGAGGAGCAACUGCGCCAGCUGCAAAAGGCCAAGGAAGAGCUGGAAGUGUCUCAGAAGGAGCUCCACAACAUGAUGAAGCGGCUGGAAGAGGCCAAGGAGAUGGAAAUGGCCGAGAAGAUCAAGUUGGAGGAGGAGAUCCGCGCCAAACAGGUGGAAGUCCAGCGCAUCGCCGAAGAAGUUCAACGCAAGGACGACGAAACGCGUCGUCUUCAAGAAGAGGUGGAAGAAGCUAGGAGGAGGCAAGAGGAGGCGGCCGCAGCCCUCAUUGCUGCAACGACUACCCCACAGCAUCAACACGUCAACGAAGGCGAUCACGAUGAAGGGGAGGAUGAGGAAGAUGACGACACACCGAACGGUGACAUCAGCGCCGGCAAAGAUUUGAUAUCGGAGAGCGACAUUAAUUCGAUCCGCGACCCGGUCGAAGAUCGCCUCACGUUGGCUGAAAAGAACGAACGUCUCCAGAAUCAACUCAAGAUGUUGAAGAAAGAUCUGGCCGGCACCAAGGACGAAACGAAAGAAACUGCUAUGGACAAGCUGCAUAAAGAGAAUGUCAAGCAGGGCCGCGACAAGUACAAGACGCUGCGGGAGAUCCGCAAGGGCAACACCAAACGGCGUGUCGAUCAGUUUGAAAACAUGUAAAACUCUUUCAACUGAAAACGGCACGCCACACACACCACAGGCCGUUUGUGUUUUGUCUCGUCUUGUUGUUGAACGUUUUAUUUUUUUUUCUUUGUGGGUUUGUUUAUUUGUUUUCUUAUUUCCACGCCUUUAUUUUUCUUCUGCUCCUCCCCGGGUUUUGAGAAGAGAUGUGCCUCUUCUUCAUAAAUUCAUCCCGGCGCAAACGGAUGGGACUAGACAAGGGGGGGGGGGGGUCAAAAAAAAAAUUUCUAAACGGGGAGACAAUUGAUUUUUUUCUGGAGAAAAAAAGCUUCCAUGUAGUUUUGUUUACAUAAAAAAACGGCCUUUUUUUUCUUCGAAAAUGCUCUGGGUGCCAGCGCUAGCCCUCCCUGCAAAAAAAGAAUUAAAUCACACUGGAGAAGAGAUAAAAAGGAGAAGGACGUUAAGUUACACAUUCGAACUGGUGUGAACAUAUUAUAUUAUGCCUUAAACCAAUCAAUAAUGAUGUGAAUUUUUUUUUUUUCAAUCUCUUUUUGGUCUUUAUCUCUAUUGUCUCACCUCCCCUACACAUACACACACAAUCCAUCAUUUGUUAUCUUUGCUAUUGUUUAUAAUCCCUCGUCAUAUUUCCCCUUGCUAGACCUUUUGUUUCCCUUUUCUUUACCUUUUUUUUCCUCUAGAAAAAAAGAAGCCUUUAUUCUAAAAGUCUGUCAUGUUGUGCCUGGACGAAUGCAACAAUUGCCUUCCAAAAACAAAAAAAAUCGAAAACAUUGCAAAAGUGGCUUACUUAAAUCGUAUCUUUUUCCCCCCCUGCCUUAUAAGUUUCAUUUUCUUACAGUUUUUAUUUUUUAAAUACUUCGGGAAAUUGAAUAUCUGGGGAUGAAAAGUAAAACGAAAAAAAAAGUUAAUUUGUUAUUUACGAAUCGAAUUUCCGGCAUCUAAAAAAAGAAGUUGUUUUGGUAACGGGAAUUGUGCUGGAUCGUUGUAAUAACGUAACGUGUUCAUUCUUCCUCCAUGUUGAUAAUGGCCUGCAUUCCGUUGAAAACAAAAAGAAAGUAAACAAAUCUGAUGAAUGGCUGUUGA